UUCAUAACCUGAGAUACAAAGUUCCAUUUAAUACCAUAUCUAUCCUAUCCUUAGUCAAUGGUGUAAUAUAUAUUACAUCGUAGUCGAGGUGUGCUUUAUAUGGCUCUACAAAUCGGUCGCUAGCUAUAGAACGCGGCCUGCGUUGCCGCCUUCGGCACGAUAACAAUAACCAUGUAUACAAAUGCACGGGCUCGUUGCAGAUUGCAGCUGAUUGCAAUUGCAGACCACAUCGUGACAGAUCUAUGAUAUUUAUAUCGUUUUGUUUAAAACAAAUUAAUUAAUAUUUUUAUCAACUCGCUACAGGCUCAUCCUAGAUAGAUGGUCGCUCCAUGCUCGAUCUAUCUUAUGUAUAAAUGGACCUUAAAUCAUAAAGGACAUAAUAAAAUCUGAUUUUUUACACGAUCGGUAUUUCAGAUCAUGGAGCAUCAAGUUCUAUAAGAUGAUAGGUCUAAUCUGUACCUCGUCUAUGGUUAUACCUCGUCUUAAACGUUAUUAAUAAAAAUAACUUUUUUAAAAAUGAGCAAAAGUGACAACUUUAUUAAAAAAGGCACCACUAUUCUUACCGCCAAACCAUUUGCUUAUGUACUUUGUUCAAAAUAUAAAAAUGUCCGAUGUGAUUAUUGCUUUAAAAGUGGAAAACUCUUCAGAUGUUCUGCCUGUCAGUAUGUUUAUUAUUGUAAUCAAUCUUGUCAACAAAUGUCUUGGCCCAUGCAUAGUAAAGAAUGUGCAAGAUUAAAAAAAUUUUCACCAUGGGGUAUAUCAAAUGUUGCAAGACUAAUGGCACGUAUAAUUAUAAAAUUAAAUCAAGGGGGAGAUGAAGAAAGAGGAUAUUAUAAUGAAACUAGUUAUAGGAAAUUUAAGGACUUAAUGUCUCAUUGUUCUGAGAUAAAAAAGGAUGAGAAAAAAAUGGAACAUUUUGUAUGCUUAUGUAAUGUUUUACAUAAAUUUCUUGAAGAUAUGCCUAUGCCAAGUACUGCAGAAUUAUUGGGUAUUUAUGGCAGAAUUACUAUUAAUUCUUUUAGUAUAUUUAAUUUGGAUAUGAAUAUUGGUGUUGGUAUUUAUUUGGGACCUUCUAUUCUGGAUCAUAGUUGCAAACCUAAUGCUGUAGCAACCUUUGAGGGAACUACCAUAACUGUUAAAGCAAUAGAAGAUCUUCCUUCUUUAGAUUUGUCUCAGAUAAGGAUACCAUACAUCGAUGUAAUUAAAACAACGAGAGAUAGACGUGCAGAACUACAAAGUUCGUAUUAUUUUUGGUGUGACUGUGAAAAAUGUGAAAAACCAGAACCAAUGGCAGAAGCAGUAGCAUGUCCAAACAAACUUUGUACAUAUCCUUGUGCCCCGAAUGCUGAUUUAUGUGAAAAGUGUAAUACAAAAUUCCCAGAAAAUUUUAAAGAAAUUUUUGAUGAAAUAUCUGAGUUUACUGCAUACCAUCUAGAAAACAUGAAGAAUAUUGCCUAUCUGGACGUAAGCAAAACGUGUCUCUCAAGACAAGAAGGUAUUUUACAUCCUCUCAAUGUGCAGCAUGUACAGACUUUACAAACUGCUUUUGACUCCUCUAUAAAUUUGCAACAUUGGGAAGAAGCUGAAUCCUACGCUAAAGAACUUAUUAAUGGCUAUUUAACAUAUUAUGGAGAAAUUCAUCCGUCAACUGGAAUACUUUAUUUAUCAAUAGGAAAACUUGAGGUAUAUUUGAAAAAGUUAAAACAAGCUAUCAAAACGUUAAGAAAGGCUAGUUUGAUAUUAACAAUAACACAUGGAGCACAACAUAGUGUGAUAGUAGAAAAUUUGAAACCACUUCUUUAUCAAGCCACUAUAGAAGACUUCAGUGAAUCAUAACAUUUUUUAUGUCGAUAAUUUAUAAUUGUAUAUAAUAUAUUAACAAUAUACAAUUUACAAUAAAUAAUUUUAGUAUUUAAGAA